CAAGGAGAUCUCGCCUGUGUUUUUGUUUCCUCCCUCACUUUCGUCCCGUACUCUCGGCCAUCUUGUCGGUGCUGUGACGCCUGGCUGGGCGGAUCCGGAUCCGGAUCAACAACAACAUCCUGGACUCUCCUCUCGUCAGCAGCGUUUGACAGAAGCGGAGCAGCGCAUCACGACGAGUCUAUUGUGAAGCUGAGGUGCAGAAAAGAUGGACAUCACGGAUCAAGGAGCUCAAAUGGAGCCGCUGUUACCAACGGACCAGAGUCCCCAAGAAAACAAAGAUGUGAGAACUGAUGAGGAGGCCAUUGUGGACCGUGGGGGCACACGCUCCAUGCUCAACACCAACUUUGAGAAAGAGGAACUAGAAGGUCACCGCACUCUCUACAUUGGGGUUCAUGUUCCUCUGGGCAGGAGGUCACACAGACGCCACCGCCAUCAUGGGCACAGACACAGGAAGAGGUCCAAGGAGAGGGACUCUUCAGCUGACGAUGGGAGAGAAUCACCCUCACAUACAGACACGCCAGCUCAGAGGGUGCAGUUUCUGUUGGGGACAGAGGAUGGCGACGAGGAGCACAUCCCCCACGCCCUGUUCACCGAGCUGGAUGAAAUCUGCCUCAGGGAGGGCGAGGACGCCGAAUGGAAAGAGACAGCCAGGUGGCUAAAGUUUGAGGAGGACGUCGAGGAUGGUGGAGAGCGGUGGAGUAAACCCUACGUAGCUACUCUGUCUCUACACAGUCUCUUUGAACUCCGUAGCUGCAUCAUGAACGGCAUCGUGAUGCUGGACAUGAGGGCCAACUCGCUGGAGGAAAUCGCAGACAUGGUCCUGGAUCAGCAUGACGUGUCGGGCGCCAUUGGUCAGGAUGCCCGGAAGAGGAUCCGUGAGGCCCUGCUCAAACAACACCACCACCAAAACCAUAAGAAGCUGGCCAAUCGCAUUCCUAUUGUACGCUCCUUUGCUGAUAUUGGCAAGAAGCAGUCUGAGCCUCAUUCCAUGGACAAAAAUGGCCAAACAGUCUCGCCUCAGUCUCAGCCGGCUAACAACGAGGGCAAACAGGACGUCAGCCGAGAAAAUAGUGCCGUCGACUUCAGCAAGAUUGACCUCCACUUCAUGAAGAAGAUCCCUCCUGGCGCUGAGGCAUCAAACGUCCUGGUGGGGGAACUUGAAUUCCUUGAGCGCCCUGUGGUGGCCUUCGUCCGCUUGUCUCCCGCUGUGCUGCUCAACGGCCUGGCCGAAGUUCCCAUCACUACCAGGUUUCUUUUUAUCCUGCUCGGCCCUCUGGGAAAAGGUCCACAGUAUCAUGAGAUUGGAAGGUCCAUUGCUACGCUGAUGACUGAUGAGGUUUUCCAUGAUGUUGCAUACAAGGCCAAAGACAGGAACGACCUGGUCGCAGGCAUCGAUGAGUUCUUGGACCAGGUGACGGUGUUACCUCCAGGAGAAUGGGACCCCUCCAUCAGAAUAGAGCCUCCUAAAAACGUGCCCUCUCAGGAAAAGCGGAAGGUCCCCCCUGUUCCCAAUGGAGUGACAGAUCUUGGAGAGUCGGAGGAGCACGGAGGGCACGGUGGCCCCGAGCUGCAGCGCACAGGGAGGAUAUUUGGCGGGUUAGUCCUGGAUGUCAAGCGUAAGGCUCCCCACUACCUUUCCGACUACACAGAUGCCAUCAGUCUGCAGUGUUUGGCCUCCUUCCUCUUCCUCUACUGCGCCUGUAUGUCACCUGUCAUCACCUUUGGAGGACUCCUGGGCGAGGCCACAGAGGGACGUGUGAGUGCAAUUGAGUCCCUUUUUGGGGCCUCCAUGACUGGGAUAGCAUACUCGCUCUUCGCUGGUCAGCCUCUUACCAUCCUGGGCAGCACGGGGCCUGUCCUCGUCUUUGAGAAAAUCCUUUUCAAGUUCUGCAAGGAAUAUGGCCUCUCCUACCUCUCCCUGAGGGCCUGCAUUGGCCUGUGGACAGCCUUCUUCUGUCUGCUGCUGGUAGCCACGGAUGCCAGCUCGCUUGUUUGUUACAUCACACGCUUCACUGAGGAGGCUUUUGCUGCGCUGAUCUGCAUCAUCUUCAUUUAUGAGGCACUGGAGAAGCUGAUCCACCUGGGUGUGCACUAUCCCAUCAAUAAAAACAACAACCUACAGAAACUCACCAUGUACUCGUGUUCGUGUGUGGAGCCCAGGAACCCCAGCAAUGAAACUCUCCGGUACUGGGAGGAGAGAAACAUCACAGCCUCUCAGGUCAACUGGACUAUGCUGGAGGUCAAGGAGUGCGAGAUGUUUCACGGCGAGUUUGAAGGCAGUGCCUGCGGCCCUCAUGGUCCCUACAUCCCCGACGUCCUCUUCUGGUGCGUCGUCCUCUUCUUCUCCACCGUCUUCAUGUCUGCCUUCCUUAAGGAGUUCAAGACAAGCCGCUACUUCCCCACCAAGGUGCGGGCCAUCAUCAGUGACUUUGCCGUCUUCAUCACCAUCCUCACUAUGGUCUUAGUGGACUACGCCCUCGGUAUCCCCUCUCCUAAAUUACAGGUCCCCAGCAAGUUCAAACCUACCAGGGAUGAUCGGGGCUGGAUUAUAAACCCUGUUGGGCCUAACCCCUGGUGGACCACAAUCAUCACCUUCAUCCCCGCUCUGCUCUGCACCAUCCUCAUCUUCAUGGACCAGCAGAUCACAGCCGUCAUCAUCAACAGGAAAGAGCACAAGCUGAAGAAAGGCUGUGGCUACCACCUGGACCUGUUUGUGGUGGGGGUGAUGCUGGGCGUGUGCUCGGUGAUGGGCCUGCCGUGGUUUGUGGCGGCCACCGUGCUCUCCAUCUCCCACGUGAACAGCCUGAAGCUGGAGUCAGAGUGCUCGGCUCCCGGGGAGCAGCCAAAGUUCCUGGGCAUCCGAGAGCAGCGUUUCACCGGCCUCAUGAUCUUCACUCUGAUGGGCUGCUCCGUCUUCAUGACGUCUGUCCUAAAGUUUAUCCCCAUGCCUGUGCUGUACGGCGUCUUUCUUUACAUGGGGGCUUCAUCACUCAGAGGCAUUCAGUUCUUUGACCGCCUAAAGCUGUUCUGCAUGCCGGCCAAACAUCAGCCAGACUUCAUCUACCUUCGUCACGUCCCACUGAGGAAGGUUCACCUCUUCACCAUCAUCCAACUCAGCUGCUUGGUCCUUCUCUGGAUCAUCAAGACCUCCAGGGCCGCCAUUGUUUUCCCCAUGAUGGUCUUGGCUUUGGUGUUCAUUCGAAAGCUGCUUGACUUCAUCUUCACCAAAAGAGAGCUGAGCUGGUUGGAUGAUCUGAUGCCAGAGUGGAAGAAGAAGAAAUUGGAGGAUGCAGCACAAGAGGAAGAACACAGUAUUAUUGCAGAGGAAGAAGGCAUAGUACAAGUACCACUAGAGGUUAACUUGAAGAGUGACCCAGCCACAGUGAACAUCACUGAUGAGAUGUCCAAAGGUUCCUUCGGGAAUGUGUGGAAGAGCGUCAACCCAGCUGAGAGCACAAAAAAGGAACCAAGCGCUAAAAGCUCCCCUUCCUAACCUCUCAGAAGCUGAAAUCCCAAAGUUCGAGUGGCGGCGAGAAGCGACACAAGCGCCGGAGGCAUGACAAGAGCUUGGACAGGGAGACAAGUUUGUGAUGACACGUACUGGCGGUGCCACUGUGCUGUCAAUCAGUUGAUCAAAAAGAAAAAAGAUAAAAAAAAAACAAUACCGUGCCACACUCAGCCACCUUUGUACUGUGCUACACUGUGUUUUUUGUCAUGUAAGUCUGUGUGCAACUUGUGUAAAACAAAGAUAAAUUUGUUAGAAACAGUAUUAACACGAGGAACAAAGACACACUUGUGCUCUUUUUCUAUGUAUAUCAAAAGUUUGGUGAUACCAGCAUUAGAGGGAAGCAAGAAUUACAUGACACUGGCAGAAACUGCAGUGUCAGUGGGCCAAUUAAGUAGAAAUUUUAACAAUUUUUAAAUCUACUUUAUUUGUAUUUUGUAUGUUUUUAUAUUUUUUCAACAACAAGGAAUUGCCAGUCAUCCUUUUAAAACCUGCCACAGUAAACCGCAAAUGUGUGGAUUUUGUUUGCAAUAUUUAACGCCAAUAUUGACUUGAUGCACCUCACUUUAGAAACCUAAAUCGUAGAUCUUUGCCAAUUCUGAGCUAUUUCACUGGUAUCUUUAAAAGUUGGCUCUAUAGCUAUUCUAGUAAUUUUUUGAAAGUAUUAAAUAUACGUUUUAUAUAUUCAGUAUAUCUAAAUGUUUUUUUGUGACAGUGACAACUCAUAUCAUUCCAGAGUCUUCUCCAUCGCUGUUUUACCAAUAGGCCUAAAUGUCUCUCCCUCAGUUAAGUAUUUUACAAAUGAGUUGAAGGAAAAGUUUGAGGUUCUGGGAAAAAUACCUACCCCUUUUUCUUGCUGAGAAUCAGAUGAGAACAUUGACACCUCUCUCACGUUUGUGUGCUAAAAUUAAGCAGACAAGCUUAGCUUAGCUUAGCAAAAGGAAGAAAACAGUCCAACUGUUAGCGUAGCAUUUUUGAAAGAAUAUGAAAAAUACCCAAAAAGUUGCAAACUACUUUUCAUCCUAUUUUUCAUACUACUCAUGUAUGAAAAAAAGGUUUUUGAAAGAGACUUGUGGGUUUUGUUUUUUUUUCUGAGCUUGUCAGCAAAGGCUGGAAGCUAACUGGGCAGCUUAGCUUAGCAACAAGACAGAAAACAGUUACACUGUUAGCCUAGCUAGGUAAAAACAUUACACAACCUAUCAAAAAUGUACUAAUCAAUGCCUUUUUACCAUCAACACAAACACACUGUUAAAAAUUGACAUGUUUUGUAAUUUCUGAGCUUGUCAACAAAAGGCUGGAAGCUGACUAGGUAGUUUAGUGUAGCACAACUACAAAACAGUGCAAACAGUUUGCCUCAAUAGGUUCAAUAACAAAAUCUACCAAAACUUACUUAUUACUGCUUUUCAUCCUACUUCAUAAUCCACACAAACAGACACUGUUAAAAAUUGGCUUGUUUGAUUAUUUCUGAGCUUGUUGGGAAAAGGCUGGAGGCUUGCUAGGUAGGUUAGCCAAACACAAAGACAGAAAACUGUCCAGCUGUUAGCAUAGCUAGGUCAAAACAUUAACAAAUUUAUCAAAUCCUAUUAAUUACUGCUUUUUCUUUACUAUCCCCCAGACACUGUUGAUAGUUGGUGUUUUAUAAUUCUAAACUUGUUAGCGAAAGGCUUGGGGCUGAUGAAGUAGCUUAGCUUAGCACAUCGACAAAACAGUGGAAACGAUUUGCUUAAAUAGGUUCAAACAUUACAAAAUCUACCAAAAACUUAAUAAUUACUGCUUUUCAUCCCGUUUUAUAAUCCACACAGACAGACACUGUUAAAAAUGGACUUGUUUGAUCAUUUCUGAGCUUGUAAGCAAAAGCCUGGAAGCAAACUAGCUAGCUUAGCUUACCUCAGUGACAGAAAACAGCCCAACUGUUAGCAUAGCUAGGUUAAAACAUUACCAAAUCUAUUAAAACAUACCAAUUACGGUUUUGUAUCCCAUUUUAUUAUCAACACAAAAAUAAAUUGUUAAAAACUUGCUUGUUUUGCAAUUUAUUAGCUUGCAACAUUAAGCCUAGAAGCUAAGAAAGGUAGCAUAGCUUUUCACAAAGAUAGAAAACAGUUAAACGGAUAGCCUAGCUCGGUCAAAACACUACAAAACCUUUUAAAAACUUACAAAUUGUUGCUUUUUUAUCCCAUUUUAUAAUCACACCAACAGACACUGUUAAAUAUUGACUUAUUUUAUUUAGUUCUGAGCUUGUUGGAAAAGGCUGGAAGCUAACUGUGUAGCUUAGCUUAGUACAAGGACAGAAAACAGUAAAACUGUUAGCCUUGCUAGGUUCAAACAUUACAAAAUCUACCAAAAACUUACUUAUCACUGCUUUUCAUCCCAUUUUAAUAACAGCAUAAAAGGAAAUAGUUUCACUUGUUUUACAAUUUCUUAGCUAGCUAGCAAUAUGGCUAGAAGCUAACAAGGUAGCUUAGCUUAGCACAACAACAGCAAACAUUUAAACAGUCCAGCUUUGUCAUAACAUUAUAGAAUCUACCAACAGCUCGAUAAUUACUGUUUUAUCCCAUGAUAUUAUUCACAGACACACACACACACAAUAAUAAUAACAAUAAUAACAAUUAUAAUAAUAAUAAUAUAUUGACUUGUUUUCUAAUAUAUGAGCCUCUUAGCAAUCGGGUGAGUAGCUAACUGGGAAGCUUAUCUUAGAAAAAGACAGAAAACAGUUAAACAGCCUAGUUAGGCCAAAACAUUACAGUCUACCAUAAAGUUAUUAUUAUUAUAAUUUUUUUUUAAUCCAAUUGUCAAAUCCAUGCAAAAAGAAAUUCUUAAAAAAUGGACUUCUUUUGCUUACUUAAUUACCCAGCUAGCUAGCAGUAGCUUGAAAAUUUGGCAUAGAGGCAUGAGAGAGGAAUCAGUCGCCUUUCUGAACGAUCAGCAAGAAUGGGGUCGAGCAAAACUCCCAAAAAACUUUCUGAUAUUUGUAGGCAGCUUAUUUGAAAAAUACAUUUUAAGCUAGCAUGGCAGCAUAGUUUUAAAGCUUUCAGUAGUGGCUUUUUAAAGAAAAACGAUCAAAUUUUCAAACGCUGAACUUUAAGAUGACUGUACAGAAAGCUCUGUUUUCCACCUUCAUAAUCUUCUCGUCAUCUUGUCAGUAAGUGUCAUCCAUGGACAAACGAUCUCCUAUCCAAAUGACCCUCAACAUGUUAGCAUCAGAAGCUAAUUGUUUUUUAAAAACACCUGCAUGACGGUGAAACAGACUUGGCUGUCUCGCUGCAGGACCAUGGUUACUUCUAGAGAUGCAAUAAUACCCUUUUCUGGGAAGGGCAACAUGUAAUAAACGGUAAAGAGUCUUAACAAUGUAUAAUACAUAGUAUAUUUUAUUCAUGUAAAAUGUUACUAAUAUAUUACUAAUAUGAAUUCAGUGUUGAAGGCAGGGUUUUUUUCUGUUCUAGAUGUUCUUUUCCCCAUUGUCUUAUUGAUGGUUCUUAGUUUUAGAGACACUAAUAAAGGGUCAAAAUUAUAUCAAUAUCACAUAUUUUGACCACUUCUGUGUGGAAUUUCUGCCUUAAACUUGGUAGUGAUAGCUGUACACUUUCUGUUCAAUAAUUUAAGUCACCUGUAUAGAAACCCAUCUGGUCAGAUUUGUUGUUCUAUUGUGAUUUGUUUCAUGAGAAUGAGAGAGAGAGUGAAUGAGAGCAUA